AGCUCACCUCAAGCUGAAGAGUGGGCACACUCCAAAGUUCCUCAAGCCAAGACCAGUGCCCCACGCCCUGAAGGAAGCUGUCUCUAAAGAACUGAUGGCACUGAAGGAGGCGGGGAUCCUGACCCCGGUGGACAGCAGCGAGUUUGCAUCGCCCAUCGUGCCGGUCGUCAAAAAGAAUGGAGACAUAAGAAUCUGCGGCGACUACAAGUCAACAAUCAACCCGUGCUUGGAGGUCGACAACUAUCCGCUCCCCAGGAUAGAAGAGAUGUUUGCAACGCUGGCAGGAGGGAAGUUUUUCUCAAAGCUGGACCUGUCAAAAGCCUACCUACAGCUGGAGAUGCAUCCUGCAGCGCGGAAGUACCUCACCAUCAACACCCAGUUGGGGCUGUUCCAAGUGAACCGUCUUCCCUUCGGCAUAGCAUCUGCACCCUCCAUUUUUCAAAGAACUAUGGAUCAAGUGCUUCAAGGGCUGCCGCAGACCACCUGCUACCUGGACGACAUCCUGGUGACUGGCAGAACGAAGGAAAAUCCUAGGCCCAACGACCGGGAUCCCUACAAUGACAGCAGCGAGGCUCCAGAGGUGGGCCUGUCAGCUAGCCGCACACCGCUACACCAUCGUCCACCGGUCUUCCGAGGAAAAUGCCAAUGCAGACUGCUUGUCAAGACUCCCAAAAGCAACGGACAACCCCAACACAGACGCCGUCGACGAAACGUUCGCCUUCUACUGAACACCCGGCACCCGACAACAAGAGAGUCUCCGGCCCAGUUGAUGCUACAGCGGCAUCUUCGCACCAGACUGGACCUCCUGAAACCAUCAGUUGCAGACUGUGUGGCCAGCGCACACUACCGCCAACAGCGGCAACACCCAGGACAAGAGCGGGCUUUCACUGCAGGAGACCAAGUCUAUGCCAGAGAUUAUCGAAGUGGUCACAAGUGGCAGCCAGAAACAGUCGCUGCCCAAACUGGUCCAGUGUCUUUCCAAGUGCAAGUCUCCCCGGGACGGGUAUGGCGAAGGCAUCAGGACCAGUUGCUCCGAGCACCGUCGCAAGACUCCGGACCUUCAGAGUCUCGUCCAGACGAAGCGGGAGGGGUGUCUGCCACGGCUUGGACAGACAGCACACCGGAAGACAGCGCAGGCGACAGAUGCCUUUCACAGGCCUCUUUGCCUGCACCAUCCGAAGUCCCGAGGCCAAGAAGCAACACCCAGGAUGCUGAGACGCUCAUGGAUGCAGAUAAUAGUGACGGAGAGCGACGGUAUCCCGUGCGAGAUCGGCGCAAGCCUCGAAGGCUAAUAGAAGAAUUAAAAAAAAAAAAAGCGACGGACUUUUCUAAACUAUUUACUGUUAAUGGCCGGAUGUUACCAACUGGGUAUGUUUGUUUAAAAAGGAGGGGAAAGAUGUGGUGUCCAGAGGGCACUACGAGCGCGGGGACGGUAGCCGGGCAAAAGAAAACCUGGUGCGUAUGGGACUUCAGAGUUGUACUCGGCACGAGCGGUGCUGGAGGAUGGCAGUUGAAUAAAGGUCUUCAAAAACGCAAAAACGAGUUCGUACCAAACUACCGAAAUGUCAACCUAUCCUCUCCUUCCACCGAUGUUCCUCAACUAAUGCUGUUAACAAGGGAAAAAAUGCACCAACAUCUUGAACUCAACUUAUUUUCUCUGAACGUUUUCCCUAGGGAUGCGGCGCUUAAUUAUCCAGUGCUUUUUUGCAAGACACAGUUGUCACCAGGAUGUUUGGAUUUAGUUGAAGCGGGGUAUAGCGAUGUAACGGUAGUUUUCAAAUCGCUGUCGAGUUGA